GGAAAACCACUAGACCAGAUUUGUCAAGUUUUCAGACUGGCUGACAACGAGUACCUUUCAUGACUGUUCGUAGGUUGGAUUUUUUUCCCCAGAGUUUCAGCAUGUCCCUGCUACGUUUUGCACCGUCCAUCAUUACAAUACUGGUGGCAUGUUGUUAUGCACUUGAGUUUGAAUCAUUAAACAACAUCAAGACCCAAACAAGUCCUGAUGACCAAGCUAAGGCUGUGACUGCUCUGAUAAAGAGACUUAUUCCAGACCAAGCCGCAGCAUUCACAGUGGUAGUAAACUCGUCCAUAGGACCUCCAAAUCUUGACACAUUUGAGAUCAAGUCUCAUGAUAAUAAGGUUAGCAUCACUGGUACUACGGGCGUGGCUGCAGCAUGGGGCUUUCAUCAUUAUUUGAAACAUUACUGUGGUUGUCAUAUCUCCUGGGCUGGGAACCAGUUGAAUAUUCCAUCCACUCUGCCUACGGUUAAGCCAGCUCUGAAGAUUACCAGUCCAAACAGAUUUCGGUAUUAUCAGAAUGUGUGCACUGUCAGCUACUCCUUUGCCUGGUGGAACUGGACGCGAUGGGAGAGAGAAAUUGAUUGGAUGGCUAUGAAUGGAAUUAACUUACCUCUAGCAUUUAAUGCCCAGGAAGCUAUUUGGCAGAAAGUCUACCUCAACAUGGGUUUCACUCAGAAAGAUCUGGAUACACACUUUGGAGGUCCAGCUUUCUUGGCAUGGACACGUAUUGGUAACAUCCAUGGCUGGGGUGGACCUCUAACACCAUCCUGGCAUGCUAAUCAGAUCAAAUUACAGCAUCAGAUCUUGAAGAGAAUGAGAGAUCUGGGUAUGACACCUGUCCUGCCGGCAUUUGCUGGACAUGUCCCUGAUGCCACCAUUAGGUUGUUUCCCAAAGCCAAUAUCAUCAAUGGUAGCAUUUGGGGGAAAUUCAGCAAGGAUCGUCAGUAUUGCUGUACUAAGUUCUUGGUGCCUUCUGACCCUCUCUUCAAGAGGAUUGGCAAAACUUUUAUUGAAACAAUGAUGGCAGAGUUUAAUGGCACUGAUCAUGUCUACAAUGCAGACCUGUUCAAUGAGAUGAACCCUGUUUCAAAUGAUCUUGGAUACCUUGCCAGUGCAAGUCGAGGAGUUUAUGAGACCAUCAUUUCAGCUGAUCCAAAGGGCAUUUGGCUGAUGCAAGGCUGGCUGUUUACCUCAAAUGGUUUCUGGUUCAAGGAACAAAUAAAAGCUCAUCUGACAGCAGUACCUUUGGGUCGCCUGAUUAUUUUGGAUCUAGCAUCUGACAUUUUACCAGUGUUUGACCGAACCAACUCGUUCUAUGGUCAGCCAUUUAUCUGGUGUAUGCUGCACAAUUUUGGAGGAAAUCAUGGACUAUACGGUCGGCUGGAUUAUGUCAAUAAGGCAGUAUUUGCCAGCAGGAUGUUCCCUGGCUCCACCAUGGUGGGUACCGGUCUCACUCCAGAAGGCAUUGAGCAAAACGAUGUGAUGUACGGCUUCAUGAAUGACUUAACCUGGCGCACACAGCCUGUUAAUGUGACAGCAUGGAUCGACUCUUAUGCUGUGAGACGUUAUGGGAAGUUUACUCAGCAAACACAAAGAGCUUGGAGGAUUCUUAAAGAUACCAUCUACAACUCCAUGGAAAACACUAAAGAACAUAAUCGUAAUGCCUUAGUGAUGCGACCAUCACUGACCAUUGAUCCAGAUGUGUGGUAUGAUUGGAAGGAAGUUGCUGAGGCAUGGCCACUCAUGAUAAAUGCAGCCACAGAUCUUGGUACCAGUCUACUCUACAGAUAUGACCUUGUGGAUAUUGGUCGGCAAGUAUUGCAGGAUAUCGCCAUGGUAACCUAUGCAGAAUUCCUAACUUUUAUCCACAUGAAUAAGAAAACAUUAGCCAGUCUUUGUCUGGAGAAGUUUCUCGAUAUUUUGCUGGACAUGGAUACUCUCUUAGCAACAGAUUCUCAUUGGUUACUAGGCAACUGGAUUCAGUCAGCCAAGGCCUUAGGCACAUCCAUUAAGGAGCAGAAAUGGUUGGAGUACAAUGCACGGAAUCAAAUCACAAUUUGGGGACCUCAUGCAGAAAUCAAUGAUUAUGCUAACAAGCAGUGGGCUGGACUCAUGAAGUCCUACUACCAUCGAAGGUGGAGCCUAUUUGCAUUUGAAUUUGAGCAUGCACAUCAGUUGUGGAACCAGACUAGAUUUAAUGAACUGUGCUUGAAUACGAUUGAGAUUCCUUGGACCUAUAAUACAUCAGACUAUACGACUGUACCCAUUGGUGAUUCUAUCAAGGUUUCACAUUUCUUGUUUGAGAAGUACAAGGAGGACAUCUGGUCAGGCAGAGAUGGCAUCGUUCAAGUUUUCGAUGUCAGUGGCCAGAGAUUUCAGAGGGCAAAGAGAUAUCCUCCACAAUAACCAGAAAUUCUGCUUGAUAGUACUGGGAAUAAGUUGAUAAACACAGACUAAAUGUUUCAAAUUGGUUGUUCUGUCUCGAUGUUCAGUAAGCCAUAUAAUCUAUUAUUUUGCCAAAGCGUUGUAGGUUGAAUUGGGACAGCAUGAAAGAAAUACAUGCAUGACCACAUGACUCAGAUAAAAAGUUCUGUUUUAUCCCUGUCUGCCCCACCAUACUUUGUGCCGUGGUGUUCUAAGCUUUUACAUCUAAUUUCUUUUAAAUUUAUUUUUUUUAUUUAUUUCCAAUGUAAUUAUUUUUUAAAAUUUGGAUGUGCUGGAGGGGGGGGGUUGAUUUUGUAUGUAUUAAUUUCUUGUUCCAGCAUAUUAAAUUAUAGGUUUCAAUUUGUUUAUUGUGACUCUCUUUUGGGGUUUACCAUCUCAUGCUUACUGUGAUUGACUGAUUUAUUUAUUGCAGUUGUGUAUUUUAUCUAUAUCCUUUUAUAUGUUUUUCAAUUUAAUUGUUUUUUUUAGUGUUCCACUUCAAGUUUGGAUUGACAAGCUUUCGGGUCUUAGAGUUUAAGUAUACUUUUGUCAUUCCUGGCCAACUUGGAGUGGGUUGUCCCUGUUAUUUGUAAUGUUCUUUUGUUUAGUCCAUUGAUUUUCAUGUUUGUUGAAUAUUGCCCUACCAGUAUCUGUUCUGAAUGGCGGAAUAAAUAAUAAUAAUAAUAAUAACCUGCAUUUUUUUGUACUUAAAAGUUAAAUUUUGCAUAACAGCUAACUGGUUAAUUUCAAGAUAUCAAUCUGUUUGGCACUUCAUGAGGUUAACAAUUUACCUUGAACCUUUGUGAUAUAACUCAAAAUGCUCUUGUAAAUAAUUCAUUAAUUCAAAGGCUGUAUUUUUCAUUCUUUUGCAAGUGUUUCUAUACAAAUGAGUUUGUGUGGUCUUUAUCUGAACCUACUUAUCACUGUUUUCAAGUAUUUACUUUGAUUUUCAACAUUUUCAAUGUUAAACUCAUAAGUCCAUUUUCCAUAUACACUUAUUGCCAUAAACUAUAUUUUUAUUUAUAAAGACUAAUACUUUAACAUUUUUUCCAAUAAAAUUGUGCCUAUAGUUGCAGUA